GGAAUCCAUUAAUUAAAAUAGAACGUCCCAGAAGCAGUAACCGCAAUCAGAACAUUCUGGACAUAAACCCAAUAUUUGUGUAUAUAUACCUCCUCCCUCUCCUCUCUUGUCCAUUCAGAAAAUUACACACACUCAAAACACACAGCGCUUUCUACAAAACCUCUCAUAUAUUUCUCUUUGUUUGGGAAAGUCAGAGAAGAGUGAAAAUGGCGGGAAAAGGCGAAGGUCCGGCGAUCGGAAUUGAUUUGGGAACGACGUACUCGUGCGUGGGCGUGUGGCAGCAUGAUAGAGUGGAGAUCAUAGCGAAUGAUCAGGGGAACAGAACGACGCCGUCUUACGUGGCUUUUACUGAUACUGAGAGGCUCAUCGGUGAUGCUGCCAAGAAUCAAGUUGCCAUGAAUCCGAUUAACACUGUUUUCGAUGCCAAGCGGUUGAUUGGAAGGAGGUUUAGUGAUGCUUCGGUGCAGAGUGACAUGAAGUUGUGGCCAUUCAAAGUUGUGCCUGGAGCUGGUGACAAGCCAAUGAUUGUUGUCAACUACAAGGGUGAGGAGAAACAAUUUGCUGCUGAAGAAAUUUCUUCCAUGGUUCUUACCAAGAUGAGGGAAAUUGCUGAGGCUUUCCUUGGCAAGACGGUUAAGAAUGCCGUGGUUACUGUACCUGCUUACUUUAACGAUUCACAGAGGCAGGCAACAAAGGAUGCUGGUGUUAUUUCUGGCCUUAAUGUGAUGCGGAUUAUUAAUGAGCCUACAGCAGCUGCAAUUGCUUAUGGGUUGGAUAAGAAGUCGAGCAGUGUCGGUGAGAAGAAUGUGCUGAUCUUCGAUCUUGGUGGUGGCACAUUUGAUGUGUCUCUCCUCACUAUUGAGGAGGGUAUUUUUGAGGUGAAAUCCACAGCUGGGGAUACUCAUCUGGGAGGUGAAGAUUUUGACAACAGGAUGGUGAAUCAUUUUGUUCAGGAGUUCAAGAGAAAAAACAAGAAAGAUAUUGGUGGUAAUGCCAGAGCACUGAGGAGGUUGAGGACUGCUUGUGAAAGAGCAAAGAGAACUCUUUCUUCGACUGCUCAAACAACUAUUGAGAUUGACUCUUUGUUUGAGGGAAUUGACUUCUACACAACAAUCACUAGGGCGAGAUUUGAGGAGCUCAACAUGGAUCUUUUCAGGAAGUGUAUGGAGCCAGUAGAAAAAUGUUUGAGGGAUGCCAAGAUGGACAAGAACUCUGUCCAUGAUGUUGUGCUUGUUGGUGGUUCUACCAGGAUUCCAAAGGUUCAGCAACUAUUGCAAGACUUCUUCAAUGGAAAGGAGCUUUGCAAGAGCAUUAACCCUGACGAGGCUGUUGCUUAUGGUGCUGCUGUCCAGGCUGCAAUUUUGAGUGGCGAAGGCAAUGAAAAGGUGCAAGACUUGUUGCUGCUGGAUGUUACUCCAUUGUCGCUUGGGUUGGAAACUGCUGGUGGGGUUAUGACUGUUUUGAUCCCGAGAAACACAACCAUCCCCACCAAGAAGGAGCAAGUGUUUUCGACCUAUUCUGAUAAUCAACCUGGUGUUUUAAUUCAAGUGUUUGAAGGUGAAAGAACAAGAACAAAGGACAAUAAUUUGCUGGGCAAGUUCGAGCUUUCUGGUAUCCCUCCUGCUCCUAGGGGUGUGCCACAAAUUACAGUGUGCUUUGAUAUCGAUGCAAAUGGCAUUUUAAAUGUUUCUGCUGAGGACAAGACAACUGGGCAAAAGAACAAGAUUACCAUCACCAAUGACAAAGGCAGGCUCUCAAAAGACGAAAUUGAGAAGAUGGUCCAGGAAGCGGAAAGGUACAAAUCAGAGGAUGAGGAGCACAAGAAGAAGGUAGAAGCUAAGAAUGCCCUGGAGAAUUAUGCUUACAACAUGAGGAACACCAUAAAGGAUGAGAAGAUAAGCUCGAACCUUGGCGCUGAAGACAAGAAGAAAAUUGAGGAUGCAAUUGAGCAGGCAAUCCAGUGGCUUGAUGGUAAUCAGCUGGCAGAGGUUGAUGAGUUUGAAGACAAAAUGAAGGAGCUGGAAGGUAUCUGCAAUCCCAUUAUUGCCAAGAUGUACCAAGGAGGUGCUGGCGGUAUGGGUGGCAUGGGUGCGACAAUGGAUGAAGACGGUCCUGCUGGAGGAGCUGGUGCGGGAGCAGGCCCAAAGAUUGAAGAAGUUGAUUAAGCAUGAAAUUUUCGAUUGAGCUUGUAUGCUGUUAUUUGCUGGUUGUCUAGUUGGUUAUCAGUAACAGUAUGUUUCUGGAUUUUGAUUUUGAAUGGAACUUUGUUCUAGUUAUUGAGUAUUAAUCAAUUGGGUUUUUUUCUUUUA